AUGAUAGUGGAGGACGACGCCUUCACAUCUGUGAGCUGGAACGAUGCCGGAGACACCGUGGUCAUCAAAGAAGAUCUUUUCCAGAGGGAGGUUCUUCGCCGGAGGGGUGCUGACCAAAUCUUCGAAACUGACAGCUUGAAGAGUUUCAUCCGCCUGUUGAACCUCCACGGAUUCAGCAAAAUACGCCCCAGAGGCCCCUCGGUUUACCGUUCAGGGAAAAAUAGGAUAAUGAUCUAUCGUAAUUCCAACUUCCAGAGGGAUAAACCUCAGCUCAUCGAUAACAUCAAGAGAAAGGGCCACCUGAUGAUCACCGCUUUGCCAGGAACCAGCUCAACUCCAAAGAAAAAGAAGGAAGUGGCGGCCCCUACAAGACGCUCUCUACGAAUCCAACUCAAGCAACGCAGCAAAGGCGGCAAUGCAAGGGCCCAGAAGACAGACCCAAAUGUUCAGGGAUCCAGUGGCACCCGGUCAUUCACAUUGCCUAGUUAUGUGUCUUUUGACAAUAGGGCUAGACGUGCCAGGGAAGAACCUUACUCUAGUGAGCCAGCUGGCCCUAGUGGGGAGGGCACAUCCAGGAAUGUCAGGCUUGCGCCCACGGCUACUGCCACAAGGGAUGGCGCAGGGGAAGAGCCCACAGGGCCCCCAGACUUCAAUUCGGUGAUGUCUCUGUACAACACCUGUUACUCCAUGCUGAUGGCUGCCCUUUCAGCCACGGCCCCAACUGAUGCACCUGAGGGGCAGGCAGAGGAGGAGGAGCAGGUAGAGGAGGAGAACUCCUCAGAUUACAAGUGUGCACUCUGUGAGCAGUUCAAGGACAAAACAGGUCCCUAA